AUGGCUCUGUUCCGUUUGAAAUACAUUGUGUUCUUGACACCAUUGUUAUUACUUCUAUCAUCAUACACUCAUUAUCUUAUAUCUCAAGCAACACCGAAUACCCAGAUAAGUAAAGAUUCCUUUCUCAAUGUGUAUUUUAUUAAACAAGGUUGGUUUUGGACUUCAUUUGUCUCAAUUUUAUCAAUUUGUUUUAUUAACUCAAAAAGAAGAAUUCAACGUCGUAUAUUAAAACAUUUGAAUAUGUAUUUAGUCUUCACCCUUUGGUGGUAUCUUUUCACUCAACAUUUUUCAUUUAUUUCACUUAAUUCACCACCUUUAAUGGAUUUAAUAUUUACAACAACGGGUGGUUCUUGCAAUUUUAAUGUGUUCGACACUAAUAAUUUAAGUAACGAGAUCGAUGUUCAUUCAAAUAAUAGCACCAAAAGUAUUAAAUUAAUAUCUGGUUUUUUGAAAUUAAAUCAACAUUUCUUAGAUCAUGAAUCUGAAAAGAGAAGAACCAUGUCAAUUAGAAAAUUGUUGAGGUAUUUAGAUACGAAGGAGAAUGAAACAGGUUAUAGUAAUAUUAAGGAUGCAGUGAAUUAUUUAAACUGUAAUAUUCAUGAUAAAAAUUGUGAUUCGCCUAUCAAUGAUAGUUCAAGAACCUCUAUUGAACAAAAUAAAGAAUUAAGAGAUUUUAUCCUUUCAAUUGACCCUACUGUGGAAAAUUCUUCCCAAAAAUGUAGAAAAAUUGGCGGUGCUUGGUCUGGUGGUCAUGACCCAUCUGGUCAUAUGUUUUUAUUAACAUUAAUGAUAAUGACAUUUUUAACAAUUUCUAUUUCCAAGGAUAAUUAUCUAUUUGUAAGACUGAUUGCUGCUAUGUUUGGCUUAAUGUCUAGUUAUUCUUUUAUGGUAACAAUAUUUAAUUUCCAUACAUUUGCUGAGCAAAUAACUGGCUUCAUGGCAGCUUAUAUCCCAGCAGGGUUGUAUAUCUAUUUAUUAAUGUAG